CUCACCGUUUGUCUUAUCAGGUCUUUGUGGAGGUCUGACUAUUCAAUGAUCUUGUGUUCACCUACAGUAUUAUAUUGACUAUGGAUUCUUAUUUAGCGGUGUUGUGUCAAAAAUGAGGCCUGGAAGUACAAAUCAUAAUGAUGUAAAUAACGAAGAACCAUACAACAUGCAGCAGUCCUAUUACGAUCAUAUUCCUGUUCAUACUAGUCCAGGUCGUGGUGGACCUGUUAAAGCUAUUCAUGAUCUACCAGUCAUGUUUCCUGAUACUGAUAGUGGAUUCGGAUCUGGAGUACGAAGUCGUUCCCGCCACCUUUCAUCAGACGACUAUCCUUCCACGCCGACACGAUUAAGAAGAUCAAAUUCCAUGUCACGUUUAAAUAGUUGCGUUAGUGACCUUUCGUCUCGAUCACCUAGUCCCUCACAUUUUGGUUUCGAAGGUUCUCAUCGUGGAUUACAGGAUUCGUUACAAGACAGCGAACACAGACGUUCCCUUUUGAUGCAUAAACUUAAAGAAGCUCAAGACACACUACAGCUUCAGAAUGAAAGAUUGAAUAAAAUAGAGACUGCUGCUAAGGAUAAUGAUUAUAUCGUCGAAGAUUUAAAAUGUAAAGAAAGAGAGUAUCGCAGAAAAAUUUCGAACCUGCAACAAUAUGAAGAUGAAAAUGAAAGAUUACGUACAGAAAAUCUUAGACUGCGACAAGAGAUGCAAGACAGAAUUGAUACAUUAGACUUCCAGUUGAAAUCUCUACAGAGUCAACACGUACAUACAAGUAGUGAGAAUGACAAGAGAACAUCUUUAUUAGAUCAAACAACAGCAGCGUUAUCUUUACUCGAACAAGAAAACUGUAAAUUACAAAUGCACCGUGAUACAAUAUUACAAGAAGUUGAUAUUCUAAAAGAAACUUUACAACUCACUAAAUCUAAACAUGCACCUACUGUUGAAGAGAAUAAAAUAUUAAAAACUGAUGCUAAUAGAUUGACACAGGAAAAUACAAUAUUAAGUAAGAAAAUCCAUGAAAUGGCCGGUCAAAUGGUUGAAUUAAGAAAUUUAUUACAUGCUGUUAAAGAUGAAAAUGACAGAGUAACAAGUAACUGGAAAAAUAUAGCAGAGGAUAAAAGUAGAUCUUCUAAACAAGUAGAGAAUUAUCAGUCAGUAAUAUCAGAACUAAGAACCAAAUUACAUUCUACAACUGUAGAUAAAGACAGAUUAUUCCAGGAAAAACUAGAAACAAAUCAUCAACUUCAACAAUUGAAGUUAGACAAAGAGGAAUUAUUACAGCAUAAACAACUUCUUGAAGAACAAGUCACAGACCAGCAGACACAAUUAUCCAGAACAAAAUCUGCAGGAACUCAGAAAUAUGAAGAAUUACGCAAUAUGGAAGAGGAGCUAAGUGCUGUAAAAAAGGUGUGUGAAGAAUUAUCUACGGAACUAUCGUCUGUCAAGUCAUAUUAUGAACGAGCUGUAGAACAGAUUAACAUGUUGGAGAAUACGAGAAAUAUGUUACAACAACAAUUAGAUUUAACAGAACAAGAAAAACACAGGCAAGACACAGAAUUAGACAGAUUAUCACAGAAUUUAGAAGGAAAAAGUAGAGAAGACAGAAGAGAAUUAGAUAUAUUAGAAGAUAAUUAUCUCAGAUUAAAGAGUGAUUAUAAACAGCUUAAAGUAGAUAAAUCACAUUUAGAAGAUAAAAACCAUGAACUAGAAGCGAAAUUACGUAAAGCUAAUGAAGAUGUUAAAGAUGCCACACAAUUACAACAAGGUGAUAUGGAAACGUGGAAGAAUGCAUGUGAUCGUUUAACUACCUCUUUAAGUCGUAAAGAAGAUGAUUUACAGAAAGCUGCUGAUAAAAUUCAUGAACUAGAGAAUAUGAUUGGAAGAUUAAGAGAAGAAUUAAGAACAAGUAAUACAAGAUGUGAAGAACUUACAGAAAGAGAGGAAGAUCUUGAUAGAUUGAAGGCUGAGAAUCGUCGUCUGUUACAAGAGAAGGCAGAAAAUGAACAAAUGAUGCAAUUACUGGAAACCCAGAAAGAUGUCCUCACAAAAAGUUCCAAGGGUAGUUUUGUCAAGAUGCAUGAUGCUGAUCAUUUAGCUGGGAAAGUUGAUCAACUAAGAAACGAAAAUGAAUCACUCAGGGAACGAAUAUUAGACCUGGAAAAAGUCAGAGAUAAUAUUAUCAAACAGAAAGAAGAUUUAUUGGUUAAUAGUGAAUUAAUCUAUAAACAACCAGGUUAUGAUUUAUUAGAAGAUAAAGUAGAAUUAUUGACAUCAGCUAAUGGUAAAUUAUCAGAGACAAAUUCUACCCUAAAUAAAAAACUAGAUGCUGUUAAUAAGGAAAAUAACAGAUUAAAACAAGUUAUUGAAGAUGGAUAUGGUGAACCAGCUAUGAAGGAUGAACUAGAAAGAACCAGACGACAACAUUGUAGUUUACAAGAUGAGUUUGAUCAGCUUCUACAAGACUUUAAUAAAUUAGAAGAAGAUAAUCAAAGAUUACACAGAGAAUUAAACCAAGCUAAAAAUAGUCAAAAUGGAGGAAAAGAAGAUAUACAGAAAAUAAAGAAAGAAAGAGAUGGUUUUCAGAAACAAGUUCAGUUGUUGAGUGGUCAGUUAAAACUAGCAGAAGGUAGUAAAAAACGAACUACAGAAGAGAUGAAUAAAUUAAAACGAGAAACAGAAGAAAUAAAACAAAAUAAAUCACAAUCUGGUUUGAGUCCUAAAAGAGAAAUUGAAAAAUAUCAGAAACAGAUUCAGCAGUUACAGUCAGAAUUAAACAAGGCCAAAGAAAAUCAACAUAAACAAGAAUUAACUAUCAGUAGGCUGAAAGAGAAAUCUCUUCAGGAUGCGGGAGAAGAAUUGAGUCAAAUGAAAGAAGAACUUCAUAGUUUAAUGGAAGAAAUUGAUAGCAAAGACCAGACAAUUGUCUUCCUAGAAAAAGAAUUAAAUGAAACCAAAGAGGAUUAUCAACAAAAAGAAGCAGAAAAUGAAUUAUUACAAAGGAGGUUAAAUGAUGUCAGCCAUAAUAAAACAGAGAAUCACAGUGCUAUACCUCGACUUGUUCUGAAUGGCUCCAACUAUGACAGAUCACCUUCAAGAUCUCUGGAUUCUGAGAAUUUGUCUGGAUCACUGAAAAAUGAACUUGAGGAUACUCUCAAACAUAGAAUGGAUGGUGAAGCAACAUUAAAAUAUCGACCAGCCGAGUCGCUCUUUACCAAGAAAACACUUUCCAAACUUCGUUCAGCACCAUCUCCAUGGAUGGGAUCAAAAUCCGCGGAAACUCCAACAGGUAAAAUUACACCUGGUUUAUACGGAACUGUCUUCCUUUCCAAACCGGAUAAGGGAGAUAAUUCUGGUGAAGGAAAUGAAAGAAUGCAGUCAUUGAUAUCAAAAUAUCGUAGUUACAAUGAACCAGGACAAUUGUCUCUGAAAUCUAUACGACCUUAUGUUUUUAACCCAAGUCGUCCAGCAUCACAAAGUUCUAGUUCUGUGUUCUCUAGUGCUAAAACAGCAGAAGUAAAAGACACAAUGGGUGAGAAAGCAGUAAAGAAACCCCCAAUACCUCCUCCUGUUAGUCCCAAACCAAUCUUGAAGAAACCAAUCUUGAAAUCCACUGUGACAAACGAAACUGAGAAAACAAGUAGCUUAAAAACCAAUAAGACUACUGAUAACCAAGAACAGAAAGACAUUAAUACUCUUAUACAGAAUUGUCAUCAGUCUCAUGUAAACUACCUUUUAGAAUUGGGUCAAGGUCCAAAUUUAGAUACCUCAAAGUCUAUGACAUGUGAAGAUCAGGAUGUAGGCGAUGUCUUGCUGUAGAUCAGAUAGUUCACGGCUGUUGAUGAGAAAUAAAUUGGCCAAAAGAAUGAAAAUUUACUUAAAAAUUCCAAACUGAAAACUUUAAGGAAUAUUGUUCAGUUGGAAUAAUUAAGAUGGAUAUAUGCAUCUGUGUAACAAGGAUUUAUUUAUCUUGCAUUGUGGUAUAAACGUAAUAAUUGUCAGUCACAUCCCAACUUGUAUCAUUGGCAGUCAUACCCCAACUUGCAUCACUGGCAGUUACAUCCCAUCUUGCAUCAUUAGCAACUUGCAUCAUUAGCAGCUACACCCCAACUUACAUCAUUGACAGCCACACCCCAACUUGCAUUAUUGGCAGUCACACCCCAACUUGCAUCAUUGGCAGUCAUACCCCAACUUGCAUCAUUGGCAUCACUAUAUUAAUGGAUAAAUACAGAUUGAAUGAUGGGGGUUGUAGUCAUUAGAACCCACCAGACCGUUAUUACUACACUUUUUGUAUGCUAAGGCCAAUAAUAUUAAGUUAUCCUGCAAAUAAUAUUAAGUUAACCUUUCGUGAGAUAUUCUCUGGCAGUCAUAUGAACAUCAGAUUUAGAGAAAGGCAUGUCAAUACCCAAACAAAACGGUUAUGUAGAAUUUAUACCCAUCUGCAGCAGUCAGCUACAGUACAAGUGACUAUCACAUAAAAAGUGUGCAAAUAGUAACCAAAUAUUUAUUAGUUUUUUUGACAUUGUGUUUACCUCAUGUUCGAAUUAUUUAUUACCAAAGAUUAUGGGCAUUUGUUUAGCAGUGACGGUAACAUAGAAAUUAACCAGCUUAAAUUAACUGUCCUGUGAAUGGUUCCAUAAAGACAAUUCCAGGAAUGAGCAUGACACUGGCACUAAUAGUAUAAACGUGUACAACUUCUUAUAUAUAUUUUAUCGGGGGGCCAACCAAGACCCGUGUUCCAGUUUAUAUGGAGUUUAUGUAUUACUGUUUGAACCAUUUGCUUGCAGUGUCAACAUUUAUAAGAGGUGGUGCACCAUGUUUCUAUAUUCUAACAAAAGACAGAUAAAUGAUGUAAGCAACCCUAUUCAACGUUUGAUUUUAAGUUGCCCCUUCAGGCGUUACUCAUUAUGGGUUAGUAUCUGGGUUCCCAUCAUCUGGGCCGCGGAACACUUUCACGAAGAGCUUAAAAUAUCCCUGAUCUACACACCUCUUGCCACAUUGCCUACCGUCUUUCCUCUCACACGUUAACGAUUUUUUCCUCAGUCAACCAUUACAAUAUGAUGUUUCAUAGUAAAAGGUGACUUUGUUGUUCGAGGGUUAGUGUAACGUCAUAAUAUGUACGUACUCAGUGGCGGACUUGCCAGUUUGUCAGCUUACCCAAUGGCAAGUGGGCCCCUUAGACAUUAGACAAUAUAUUUGAAAUAUAAAUUAUCAAAAAAUAUAUAAAUAUUAGAAAUAAAUUAUUAGCAUGAAAAUUCUAAUUACAUCUUUUUGUUUCCACUUGCAUAUUUUUUGAAAAAUUAAUUUAUUCAUUUUAAAAAUUAAAUGAUAGAAUUGUAUUGGUGGCUGGGCUCCCUUUGUCUCCUAGCAACUAAUAUUUUCACACCCAGUCCGCUACUGUCCAAAAAUAAAAAAAAGUUUUUAGUAAAGCGUUAAAGAUUAUUUUGUGUGUUCAAAUUAUCAGUUUCUAAUCUUUAUAAAUGGCAGUUGGUAGUUCUGAUUCAGACAGUUCGAUCCCUGCAUUCCGGGCAAAAUUUCCCUCAUAACACACUGUGUGACAAUGCCCGUCUUCAUUAGCCCAGUUCGGAGCAGAACAGUAGGACGUUAAACCCCAUUUCAUUCAUUGAUUCGGCCAGUAAUGAGAUAGAUGGAAGUUCAUAAUUUAGUGUGACAUUUAAACGGGGGUGUCAAAAAGGUUUAAAAGUAAUUUCUAGUACGGGUCAUCGUUACUCGUCUAUUGUUAGAAUAUAGAAAUAGGUGGGUCGUCUCCUUUAAACAAUAUAAUGUAUUGCUAAAAUAAGAUCUAAUUAUUUUUUUACAUCACAGGUUAUUUGUCAUUCUAUAGGUUCAUCUGUAAAAGUUCACAAUCUGUUAAUAUCAAUGUACGUCAUUCAAUCCGUAUUCCUCCGAUCAUACGUAUAUCACUGCCUGGCAGUGCCUGAUUGUUAACCUAUUUCCACAAGUAAAAAUGAAAUGAAAUGGGGUUUACUAUCUUACGCCGACUACGGCCUACUCUCAUAUCGAAUUCGAAUUGCCAGGGGACCUUUCACGUGUACGGCAAUGUGUAGACUGGACCUCGGUUUCUCGUCCCAGCCGAAGGACUAGACAGCUGUCCUUGUCAAGUCCCCUGCCCUGCCCCACAGACAAGGGGAAACCACGACGAAAAAUCCCGAUGAACUUUCCCGGCCAACACCGGGAUCGAACCCGCAGCCUCCAGGAUAGCGAGCCAGCGUCCUACUCACAUAGCCACCAUGGCUCCCAAUUCCAAAAGUAGCAUUAUGUUAAGGAUUUGCUAUGGGAUUUGCAAGAUAUCAGUUCCCAUACCGUGAUUCUUCACUUACAUGUAUAAUAGUACAAAGUCCUUUUUUUCAACCCUCUUAGUCGUUGUACAUCUAGGAAAAGCAGUUUGUUAUCAGUUUAUUAAACAAAAAGAUCUUUGUCUAAAAUAUGGACACCAUUUGGUCAGAUGUUAUGAGAGCCUGUGAUUUCUGCUAUAUAUUAUACAGAUUAUGAUUGUAAAGUCGACUAUUUAUAUAUUAUGCUGAAUCUGUGAUAUUGAUAGAUAUAUAU